ACAGUUGAACUGCAAACAAACACGUGUUUUACCCUCUACUGAAGCAGAACAAGAAGCCUACGCUGGUCACAGUUUUUCACCAAGGUUGCUGGCUGUUGCGCUGCAUGUCACUCGGUGUCCUUGAGUAGAGUUUUAGGCCGUGCCGUUCAGACUUUUAACACUCAAUAUGAGUAAGGGCUUCGGUGAGCUGACUCAGAGGGAGCAGGAGCUGCUGAAAAUUCGCCGAGACAGCGACACAAAAGCUGCCGAACUGGUCAAGAUGGAGAAGAUGCUGCAGCAGACUAAGAACCUCCUGGAUAAGAAGACACAGUCCGGCUCAGAUAGCAUGGGCUACCAGGAGAACAUGGUGGAGGACCUGGAGGAGAAAGUGCGCUCCAACAGACGACACAGGAGGAACUCCCUCCAUCACACACAGAUGCUGGAGAGUCAGAUGAAAACGGUGAAAGGCGAGCUGGCUGGCACGCUGGACCACCUUCAGGAGCUGAGGAACGUGCUGCGCCGUUCCCAGCAGAAGGCAGAAGAGCGCAAAGUCGCCAUGGAGAAGCUGGCGGCGGGGCUCAGGUGAACGAUCCGCUCUGCAGCCACCCUCUGCUCAGAACCAGCUCCUGACCUUCUCAAGCCACGACACUCCCGGCAUCUUACAUCCCGCCAAAACAGCUGUACAGAAAUUACAUCUAAUAAGGCCGCGCUUAGAAGAAGAGACUUGACCUGCUUUUGCUGAUCUCCUACAUCUCUGCAGCGAGGCUAUGAAACGUCAUCGUUCGGACUGUGUUGCUGAUGUCAGGUAGCCUCUUCUCGCUUUUCCUCCUCAUGUAUAAAUUUGUAUUCUAAGGCCCUCGUGUUGACAGCGGCUGCUUCUUUAUGUCUUCUGGAAGCAAUCAAAAGGCGAUCAUAAAUCACAGUUGCAUAAACCGAACAGUCUGGAUCCGAUACUACAUCACACGUUCGGUUUUGCAUAUUUUAGUGAUGAAGAAGAAGAAGAUUAAGAAGUGUUUUUCAGCUCCUAAAAUAUAUACCUUGAACUAUAGCUGUUCCCUCAGGAUGUCGGUGACUUUCACACUCUUAAGCGUGCUCCUCCUCUGUUUAUGAAAAUGCCCACAGUGUUUUACUGCCUCGUGACCUCACAUUCAGUGAAACCUGACAAUAAAUAACGUGUAAAUUCUUACAAAAUGACUCUCAUAUAUGGAGAUUCAGCAUAUAAACUGAAAAUAUGUGUGACAAGGCAGGACAGUGGUCCUUUUACUUUACUGUCUUUAGAAAAGUAAAUUUAGUAGACAAUUUAUUGUCAGGAGUUUAAACUUGUACUAGAAGUGGACCUCAAAAGUGUUAUACAGAAAGAAAACACAGUAUAGAUUCCCUCUGGGAUCAAUAGGUCGUUGUUUGUUUCCUGUGGUGAGUCAUCUGAAAGCUGUAUUUGUGCCUUCCCUGUGGCUCAGAUAUAAUCACGCCUAAUUUAGUACAGCUUGUUUCACGCAGAGUCACAUGCUGUGAAGUUGAGGCGGGGGGGGAUUUCAUUCUCUGACCCUGACCUUUCAACUUAUAUUUAUAACACACAAAAAAAAAUAUUUGAAUGGCUCAUUAUGUACAUCUACUGUGUUUAUGUUUCAAGUUUUUGAUUCUGAGAAAUGCUUCCUGCCUUCUUAGAACUGUUAUGUCUUAUAUGAGUAUUAUAUGAAUAUACUGUAUAUUUAUGUAUAAGUACCUGAAAAGCUUUUUGGUAUACGUGUUCAACUGUAGUGUUUUCUUCACACUUUCGAAUCAGCUAGUCCAGAGGUGGCUUCUGAGAGAAAUAUAGAUGUUCACAACUAAUGAGCCCACAGGGGGCACUGGAGAUUUCUCAUAAACUCAUCUGGGAAAAUAAAACAUGCAGCAUGCUCCUGCUUGCUUUUUUCUUCCGCGAGACCACGCAUUAGGAUUCGGUUGAUUUGAUUUAUUAUCCCAAUUAUAAGCGGGUAUAAGCUAGUUGCCCAUAAAUAUGAUUUAAUUAUUAUUUAAGAGCUUUUCAGGUAGAGAUAAUGACAAUUAUAUAGGACUAUUUAUAAAGAUUGUUUGUAAGCUGCGACAUAUGUGGCUCCGGCGUACCAGGUUGUGCAGUUCCCUUCACCUACCCAUAUGCUGAAGCGUCUCUGAGCAACAGUGAACCCAAAAUUACCCGAGCUGUACGGACCAGUGCUAAGCACUACUGUAACCCGCCUUAAAUAAAAAUACUGUACAAGUCUUGUCCAGUUACAUGCUGUAUCUUGUUUGUUCCGUCCGUCCAAAUAAAACAGACUACUUCAAACUGUAGUUCA